UCAUUUCUCUGUAACGUUUACUCUUCGUCUGGACCUGUCCUCACAUCGAUAAAUUCACUUCAGUAUGCGAACAUCUCACGUUGGAAUGGCCCUUCUGGCGGCCUCUGGUAGUGCUUAUGCACAGCUCGGUCUCCCGAUGCAGAUUGGACCUUUGCACUUCUCUGAAUCUUGCCAAAAGUCCAUCUUUGAAGUCUUCACCUCUGGGUCCUUCGCUUCAUGCUUCAGGACCGCCGAUCUCCUCCCUCUCAUCACCUCUCCCAACGCCUCGAUCGUCCCCGUCCUUGACAACUUUAUGACUGAUAUCUGUGGACCUUCCGAUGUUUGCAGUAACGCCACUCUCUACAACGCUUCUCAAGUCAUCCUUUCUGGAUGCUCUGGAGAUUUGAAGAACGAGUCAUUGUCAGACUCAGUCGUUACGACGGCUUUCGGCCUUUACCCCUUGGUCAGAGAUGUCUUGUGUCUCAAGACCAUGAACCCUUACACCAACAUGUCUUACGGUGGAUUCCUCGGCAACCCACCCAUUCCCGUCACUUCAUCCGUUUACAACUCGACCAACGGUACAUUCUGUGUGACCUCGUUGUUGACCCAGCUUUCCGCCUACUUCAACCACAACAUUACCGUCAGCUGGAUUGAGGCCGCUCUCAUGGGCAAGAACUCGACCGCUGUUCAACUCGUCAAGGAGAUUAACCCCAACAUUCUCUGCAACGAGUGUAUCUUUGGAGCUGUCGAUCUCGUCGUCGAGGCCUUCCCCGCCAUCGCCAACAUCUCCGUCGUCAAUGUCACCAUGAAGCUUGACCCCAACAUCACGCUCAACAUUCCCCAGAACGCCACACUCGUUUCGUUGAUGGACAAGGAGUGCGCUUACAAGAACUACACCGUCACCAUGAACGGCACUCUUCCCUGGAACAUCACCGAGAGCGCUCAAAACAGGACCAUGCUCAACUCUACCCUCCCCAUGGGAAUGAUGAACAUGUCCAUGCCCUUGAACAUCACCUCCCCAAUGACCAUGUCCAUGCCCAUGGGCAUGUCAACGUCGUCUGGAUCCGCCAUGCCCAGCAUGACUUCGUCGGCUUAAGGUGGUCGUAUAUCAAUGUACUGGAUCUGAUCUUCAUCACAGCGAGAAAAAUGAUGUUAAAUCCCUAUCGUUUUAUUUUGUUCCGAUAUAAUGAGAGAUACACAUAUACAUGCACGUUAUGAUUGAGG